CGAGUAGUGAAAUUGGAAUAACCUAUGUAAUUUUCUCUUUAAUCAAUCACCUUAACUCGCUUUAAAAGAACAGAAACUUUUCAAGGCCCCAGAUUCUACCCAGCUGACCACCCAACUCCACAAUCAAGAUUCAACUUUGAAGCAUUUAAACUUUUAUGUUUGAAAAACUUCCUCCGUUUUUUCAUCAAACCAUUCUGAUUUUUUGUCUACCUUUUUCGUUUCCCCAGUUUGAGAAUCUUUUUGCAGACCAAUUUCGUGUAUAUGGCAUAAAUCUCACGCGACCCCAAAAGAGAAAAAUCUUCUUUUGCUCCCCAGGAUUUGUUCAUAAAAGAAUGGAAAAAAUGAUGAGCAUAUUAAAGCCAAAGCCCAAUCCACAGCAAUUACUGAGAGAUUGGCAGCGUCGCCUUCGCCAAGAGUGCCGUAAUAUUGAUCGCCAAGUCCGAGAUAUACAGAGAGAGGAAAGGAAUGUGCAGAAAGCGAUCAAAGAGGCUGCAAAAAGAAAUGACAUGGGUUCUGCUAAGGCACUUAAAGAUGUGGCCCUUUUCCUUCCUUUUCUUCUUCUUCUUCUUCUUCUUCUUCUUCUUCUUCUUCUUCUUCUGGCUCUGGCCAAGGAAAUCGUGAGAUCUAGGAAAACAGUGAACCGCCUAUAUGAAAACAAGGCACAGUUGAAUUCAAUAUCAAUGCAUCUUGGAGAAAGUGUUGCCGUUGCUCGAACAGUGGGGCAUUUGUCGAAAAGUGCAGAAGUAAUGAAGCUUGUUAAUAAUCUUAUGAAGGCUCCAGAAGUAGCUGUCACCAUGCAAGAAUUCAAUAAAGAAAUGACAAAGGCUGGUGUGCUGGAGGAGAUGGUGAAUGAUGCCGUGGACAGUGCACUGGACUCGGAAGACAUUGAAGAGGAGACUGAAGAAGAAAUCGAGAAAGUCUUAACAGCUAUUGCUGGCGAGACUGCUGCUCAACUUCCUGAUGCAGUUAGGAACGAGAAACUAAAGCAAGCGACAACAAGUGAAGAUGCUGAGCUAACAAAAGCGGGGAUAGCUCAGUUGGGAGAGCGUCAGACUGAAGAUCUGAAGGUCGCGUGUUCGAUCCACGCUCACCGCAUUAAACCAACUUUUUUCUAA